AUGGUGAUACGGUGUAUUGAAUAUCUAGACGAUCAUUUAAGGUUUCAAGCACAGACAAAUGACUCCACAUUUCGAACGAGUGGGAAAUCUGAGGAGGAGAAAGCUAACGAGGCUGCUGAUAUCGGGUAUAAAGUGAUUGGGCCGCUUGUUCCUUCAAAGCGGCCAUUUAAACCUUGGGAGCCUGUUUUUGCUGUUGUCCAGAUUGGUUCGCAGCAGUUUAAAGUUAGUAACGGGGAUUCGAUUUUCAAUGAAAGGUUGAAGUUUUGCGAUGUUAAUGACAAGACCCUAACCCUUCGAUCUCUUCACCUCUUAACCCUCAAAAACCCUCACUCCAACUCCAUCCUCCCACUUUAUCAACAUCAAUCCAUCGAUCCUCCUCGAAGUCGCCAUUUCUCUUCUCGACCUUCGGAUCCAUUGGGAGACGAUGAUGAAGACGACGAAGAGGAAGAAGAAGGAGAAUACGAUGAAGAAGAAGAAGAAGAAGAAGAUGAUGAUGAAGGCGAUGAGAGCUGCAAUGGAUCGGUGAAGACAUUUCGAGCGAGUGGGAAAUCUGUGGAGGAGAAAGCAAACGCGGCUGCUGAUAUCGGGUACAAAGUGAUUGGGCCGCUUGAUCCUUCAGAGCGGCCGUUUAAACCUUGGGAGCCUGUUUUUGCUAUUGUCCAGAUUGGUUCGCACCAGUUUAAAGUUAGUAACGGGGAUUCGAUUUUCACUGAAAGGUUGAAGUUUUGCGAUGUUAAUGACAAGAUUCCUGUUGGGGAACUACUUCAGGACUAG